AUGCCCAAUAUCACUGCAAUAAGUGGAUUCCACCUCAUGGGUUUCUCUAAUGUUCAGAAUCUACAGACUUUAUGUGGAAUGCUCUUCCUAGUGAUGUACAUGGCAGCCCUAAUAAGUAACCUGAUCAUCAUCACUCUCACAAGCCUUGAUUUGCAGCUUCAAACACCCAUGUACUUCUUCCUGAAGAAUUUGUCACUUUUGGAUAUUUUCUUUGUGUCAGUUCCUAUCCCAAAUUUCAUUGUCAAUAGCCUAACUCACAACAAUUCCAUUUCCAUUUUUGCUUGUGCCCUACAGGUAUUUUUAAUGACUUCCUUUGCAGGAGGGGAAUUAUUUGUCCUGACUGCCAUGUCUUAUGACCGCUAUGUUGCCAUUUGCCAUCCCCUGCAUUAUGAUGUUAUCAUGAAUAGCAGUGCAUGUAUGCUGAUGGUGGGUGUUUCAUGGGCUACUGGGGUACUUUUUGGAGCCCUAUAUACAGGUGGCACAUUUUCCAUGCCUUUCUGUGGCUCUAAUGUGAUCCCACAGUUUUUCUGUGAUAUUCCAUCAUUGCUAAGGAUUUCAUGCUCCAAAAUGCUUUUGUUCAUUUAUACAAGUCUUGGAAUUGGUGUGUGUCUAGGCAUGUCUUGCUUUAUAUGUGUGGUGAUCUCUUACUUUUACAUUUUCUCCACUGUUUUAAAGAUUCCUACCACUAAAGGUCAGUCCAAAGCAUUUGCCACAUGCAUUCCCCACCUCACUGUUUUCACUGUUUUCAUUGCUACUGCUUGCUUUGUCUAUGUGAAGCCUUCCUCUAAUGUAGCAUCAAUCUCAGACUGGCUCUUUUCUGUGCUCUACACUGUGUUACCACCAGCAAUUAAUCCUGUGAUCUACAGUCUGAGGAACAAUGAUGUCAAGUGUGCUCUGAGGAGGUUGCCACAAAAUCUAUUCUUAAGAGGUUCACUUCAUUUAACACUUCAAAGAAUCUGUCAGUGGUAUAGUGCCUCACAAGCUACAAACAAGAUUUGUAAUUUUUGA